AGUGGUCUAGGAAAAUUUGCCGGAUUUUAAGGAGCCGUUAGAGCCUCCCUCGGGAAACCUAGGGGAAAUUCAUCACGGACACUUUUUUCAAUAAAAGCGCUAGAGUCUAUGCUGUGUUCUGAAUGGGAAAAUGAAGAAGUAAAUGAAAAUAAACGACAGAAUGGAUUUCCGUCUUCUGGGUGAAAUAGAUUUUGAAAGGAUGUGGGUGUUUAAGGGUGAAUUUGGUUCGCAAUGAUACAAUUAAUUGGAUUUGUUUGCCUUUCCUUAUAUAUUCCUGCUCAUUAACCUUUCUUUCCUGAACAUUAAUAAGGUGUUAGCCCUCCCACCUUUUAUCACUCUGUACACAGGGAGGAGAGAGAAAGACGGUUUUUUUUUUUUCUUUUGGUUGAAUAAACUGAAUGAAUGUGAAUCUCACCAGAACAAUUGAAUUGAGGAUUAAUAGCAUAACCCUUUUGCCAUUUACAGAAGAAAGUGAAGUUGUGAAAGAUUUAGAGGGGAAAAUGGAAGUUUUUUUUUUUUUUCCUUUCUUUUUGAACAUUUCUUUCCUUUAUUUUCGUUGGUUGAAUAGACUGGAAUGAAUGUAACUGGACACACACAACGAGGCCCGUUACUGACAACUGUAGUAGAUUCCUCGCUUUCUCUCUCCUUCUCGCUUCUUUUUACAUUUCUUUUCUUCUUCUGUUUUUCAUCAUUUCAGUUUGCCUUCACCAUCUCUGCAAAAUCUUGGCUGCAGAGCCCUAAAAGCAGGCUGAUUUGCACUGACCCAAAAUCCAUUGAUUACUUUGAUCCGCAUUCAGGUUUCCGUUAAUGGGUUAGGUUUUAUGACUCCCCAACUACUCCUCUUCUACUCCGCCAUAACCCAUUUCGCCAAAACACCCUCCUGUUUCCUCUGUUUCUUGUGCAGGGACAGGUGUGUGAACACGAGAGAGUCCCCUAUAGAAAGUCUGAGGAUUUCGCGUCGUUUUCAGCUGGGUCUAGUCCCAUUCAUCGAUACUAAGGGUUUCGCAAGUGGGUUUUGCUUUUCUUGGAGAACAGAACUUCGUUUAAGGGUUACCAAGGUUGCUCUGUUUCUCUCUUUGCUGGUUUAGGGUUCGAAGAAGGAGGAUUUCUUCUCUUUCUUCACUCCACUUUCUUUCUUCUGGUGGAUUUCUCGAGGUGUGUUCAAAGUGGUUAUCGAGUGGUGUUUGGUGACUCGGAAAAUGGGGUUAUUUUCAUGAACUGGGGGUGGCUAGCUUUUUGCUGAAAUAUGGGUUGUGCAAGCUCCAAAACUGAGAAAAACGAAGCUCUUCGUCUUUGCAAGGAACGGAGGAGAUUCGUUAAGCAAGCUAUUGAUUCAAGGUACGGUCUAGCAGCUGCUCAUGUUUCUUACACUGAAUCUCUUCGAAAUAUCGGCAUUGCUCUGCGGCGAUUUGCCGAAGCCGAGGCAUUGAUAGAGUCAUCUCUAUCAAUGUCGGCCACCGAACUUGACAAAACCCCAUCACAGUCCUCUUACCCGUCUCCAUCUCCUUCGCACAAUGCUGAAGUUUCAGAUUCCCCAAUGCACAAUGAAAGCCCCCUUUCACCUCCUGUCUCCAGAUUGAGUUAUAUGAGAUCAGGAGCUACUGCUGCUGUGACUGUUAGUGUGAAUCCACCUAAAAAUGGUUAUAUGGAUGAUGAAUCUACAUCAUUUUCAAUGCCACCACCCCCACCACCUCCUCCAGAAGGUGCUUCUUGGGACUACUUUGAUCCCGCUGAUGAUAGUGAAGACUUCAGAUUUGUGGGACUUGAUGGGAUUAAUAUGAAUUUUGAUGAUUUGAGAGCCUGGAAAAGGGUCCAGGGCAAAGAAGUGGGUUUAGAUGGAACUGAUGAACUACAUGAAAUAUCAACAAGGCCAGGAUGGGAGCAUAAGACUCCUGAAGGGUCAGAUUGUAACGACCAAAUGGAAGAGAGCAAUGGCCAUUCAAUUAACUCUGGAGGAACUGAUGGUAUUAGAAAAACAAUUGACUACGAAGUGAAACAUCAGGGAGCAAAAGCUAAGGGGUCUGCAGAAACUAUGUCAAGAAAACAUAUUCUUGACCAAUCUGGUUCAAAGAGGGAAAGGGCCUUGGUAGAGAAAGAUGUGUCAGCAGAAAGAGAGGACCCUUCAGAGUUCAUAACUCAUAGGGCUAAAGAUUUUCUUUCAAGCAUAAAGGAUAUUGAGCAUCGUUUCUUCAGAGCCUCUGAAUCUGGCAAGGAGGUCUCCAGGAUGCUGGAGACAAACAAAAUCGGGAUAGGGUAUUGUGAUGCCAAAGGGCGGUCAUCUGCCUCACGUCUUUUUGGGGCUUUCCAACUAGUUUGUUGCCAGGAAAAAUCUGCACUUGUUUCUCAUGAACCUCUACAACAUGGGACUAAGAUUAUUACAUGGAAUCGGUCAACAUCUUCGAGGUCAUCUUCAUCAAAGAAUCCUCUUACAACUGCCACAACCAAAGAAGAUAAUGAUGAUAGUGGAAGUGAUUUUGUUGAAGAGUUCUGCAUGAUUGCUGGAAGCCAUUCCUCUACUUUGGAAAGACUCUACGCAUGGGAGAGAAAACUCUAUGAUGAAGUGAAGGCAAGUGAAUCUAUCAGGAAGGAGUAUGAUCGGAAGUGUGAUAAGUUGAGGCAUCAAGUAGCAAAAGAUCUUAGCUCCCAAGUAAUUGACAAAACCAGGGCAGUAGUUAAGGAUCUACAUUCACGACUAAGGGUGGCAAUUCAUGCUGUUGAUUCCAUAUCAAAGCGGAUUGAGAAAAUGAGGGAUGAAGAGUUGCAGCCACAACUUGCAGAACUGAUUCAGGGAUUGAUCAGGAUGUGGAAAGCCAUGCUUGAGUGCCAUCACGCACAGUACAUCACCAUCUCAUUGGCAUACCAUGCAAGAAGCUCAACAGGAACUCCACGAGGAGAUCCCCACAGGCAAAUUAUGGCUCAGCUACAGUCCGAGAUUGAAUACUUUGGCUUAAGUUUUGCAGAUUGGAUCAACAGCCACACAUCAUAUGUCGAAGCUCUGAAUGGUUGGCUGCAAAACUGCAUCUUGCUGCCACAAGAGCGUACCAAGAGCAGAAGGCCAUUCUCUCCUCGUCGACUUAUUGCCCCACCUAUAUUUGUUCUGUGUCGUGAUUGGUUAGCUGGGGCCAAAGGUUUGCCAGCAGAUGAACUCAGUGAUGCCAUCAAACAAUUUAUAUCUGAUCUGCAUCAAUUGCUGAGGCAAACAGAGGAACAACAGAAGAAAGAGAAGCCAUUUGAUUCAAAUACCAAUGGAGAAUCGGAGAGCAAAGAUGAUGAGAAGAAUGAGGACAAGUCUUUAAACUUGGGCUGCAUACAUACAAGUCUGGCCAAGGUGCUUGAGCGAUUGACAAAAUUUUCUGAGGCCUCACUGAAAAUGUAUGAAGAUGUUCGACAAAAAAGCGAAGCAGCUCGAAUUGCAUAUUCCACUGGCAAGCCUACCAGACCUGAAGGCUAUGUAAUUAAAGUAUAAGCAUCUCUAAGCUUGCCAUUGGAAAUAGAUAUUUGUAAAAAUCAAAGUUUGUUGCAAAAAAAACCUUUCUGAGUAGAAAUAGAAUAAAUUUUGGGAUUGGUGCUAAA